CCCGCCGCCUGCACGCUGAAUCGUGGUCAGUAAGCAGCGCGCUCGCGCAACGUGAUCAUUGUUCGAACGCAUCUAACAUAGUGCAAUAAGGAUCAUGGCUUAUCGCCGGGCUUUGCUGGCCAGCGUCCUCCCCCUCAUCGCGCUCAUUCUUCUUACCUUGGUGGCAGACAUCGAGGCUAAGAGAAGUUGGGGAGGAAGUCGAAAGUCAGGCAGCUCGGGUUCAGGCUGGUUUGGCUCAGGCUCAAGAUCGUCGUCCAGUUCCAAGAGUAAACCUCAACAGACGCACUCGCAGACGCAAACGCAAACUCACGGCACCAGUAGUGGCUCGAACAGUGGAAGCUACGGAUGGAACGUUGGCUCUAACAAUCAAAAGACCGGUAACGGUGGAUACGGUACCGCUCAAAAACCAUCGGCGCCAAGUCAUGAUCACGUGUCCAAAAGCAGUGCCACUAACGUGCAAUCCGGUUAUGCGUCAGGAAGCUACGGUAACCCACCAGCAUACAACCCAUCUGGUGGUUAUCGUGCCGGCAAUCCACCAGCUUACAGCCAAUCCAACACCGGUUAUCACGGUAACCCACCACCCUAUAGCCAAUCAGGUGGUUACCAUGCACCUCCACCAUACGGUUCAUCGGGUGGUUACGGUGGUUACUCUGGUUACGGUGGUAGUCCAAAUUAUGGUGGUCACGGCUUCAACAGCAAUCCCGGUCACGGAUACAACCCAUCGUACGGACACUCGAGUUUCUCUCAGCCGUCGACCGUUGUUUUGCAGCAGUCCUCCCGGCCUGGAAUCGGACAGCUCGCCAAGGAAGCCUUCGUUUUUGCUGGUGUCAGCGCUGGCGUUAACGCUGCUGUCAAUCGAAUUCUCCCUGGUGGGAUCUAUGGCAACAGCUUCGGACACGGCAGCGUCUCUAGUUCGGGAGUCGUACCGCCAGUCUCCCACACGCAGAUCACCUACAAUAACUACUAUAACAACGCCAGCAGCGCCAAUGGGGGCUCGGCUGAGCAAGCAGCUCCGGCGCCUGCUCAGUCGGCUGCCGCUCCUGUGCCUGCGCCUGCAGCACUGCCAGCGCCCGCCCCGGCUUCACCAGCUGAGCCGAAUCAAGCUGCUGCGGCUAAUAAUCAACAGCAACAACAGCCGACACAGGAGCAGAAUGCUCCGAGCCCAGCUAACUUCGCCAUCUCCGACGCCGAGCUGCAAAAAUUGACUGAGCAACUAUUCUCUAAGGAUACCAAUAACGCUUUCAAGCAUAUCACCAUGAAGCUUCAGGGACAGAAAACCGAUGACAGUACGAGCGACGAUGCUGCCGAGAAUCUGCUGCAAGUCAAAUCUGAAGCUUACGAAAUCCCGACCAUCAAAGCAGUGCUUGCGCUACACGACAACUACCAGCUCGACGUCAAGACCAAAGAAGAGCUAACAUCCGCUGAACGUAAAGAAGAAGCCGAUCUACUCGACGCGUUUAUGGACACCGAAGUGAUGAAAGCGACUAUGGAGUAUCUCGCCGACAAGGGAUACGUGCCCAACGACGAAUACGAGUUUAAAGAUACUCUCAAACGAAUCUGGUUCUCGCAAUUCAAACGGAUCGAUGGUGCUCCAUCGAGCUCUGGAUUUGAAACUGUUUUCCUGGCCGAGAAGUUCGAUAAUGAGAUCAUUGGCCUGCAUAAUUGGAUUUACUUUGCUAAGCAGGAGGAAGAUAAAAAGCUUGAUUAUCUAGGAUAUAUUAAGAAGCUCGAUCUUGGUACCAACGGAGCGGUAGUUAAAGGACGUUCAAAGUUGAUCGACACAGUGCAACCGAUCACGACAAUAUUCGUCGGAACGUCCCCGGAACUCGAGAUGGCACUUUACACUCUGUGCUUUUACACUCGUCCUAACAACGUAUGUCCUGUGUCUUUAGGUGGUGCCAAUGUCCUCAUCAUCGCUAACCGCAUCAAUUACUUUGGAAAGGAUAUCCUCAUCUCAGCUUUCCCCGAUAUUUAAAAAACAAGAUCUUACUAUACUGUUAGUAAAAGUGAUAGCAUACUUUAUUUUUUCCUAAAAUACUCCUGAGAUUAUACAUGAAUAUGACCCGUCGAUUCGUUAGACUUGUUUUAGAAAGCGUAGAACAUGGUAGUAACUGUAAACUUAUUCUAAGUUUAAGCUGAAAGAAGUAUUGUGUACGAUAGUAAAAUCCAUAUUUACUGUAUUUUUAUUGAGAAUAUUAAUUAUUUUUAAAUAUAUUUUCACUUAAGUAAGCAGUUCAAUAAGUGUAUUCGAGAUAUUCAACCGAUAGUAUUUUUAAAAAUAUUUGCAAGAAUAAUUUUAAUAAUUAAAGAAAGAGAAGCAUCAUUGGGUUUACAGA